AUGAAGACGCACGCUAUGCUCCUCGCCCUCAUCUUGUUUAGGUCAGCUCUUGGAGCUGAGCCUCCUUCAGCUGGCCCGGAGGUGAAGCUGCAACGUGGAGACUGUCCUCUCUUCUGGUUCAGCUUCAACGGCCGCUGCUACAAGUACGUUAGCACAGGGAUGAAAUGGGCGGAUGCAGAGCUGCACUGCAUGUCCCAGAAGGCCCACCUGGUGUCCAUCCACAGUCUGGAGGAGGAUAACUUUGUCAAAGUUCUUAUCAGGAACUUUGACCCUGCAGAGAAAGACACAUGGAUUGGACUGAGUGACGUCCAUAAGGAGGGGAGGUGGAUGUGGUCUGAUGGGUCACGGGUCAACUUUGGCUUGUGGUCUCCCAACCAACCAGACAACUACAAUGGUUAUGAGCACUGUGUUGCCACCAACUAUCGUAAUGGUCGCAAAUGGAACGACGGUCACUGUACUAAUAACAACUUUGCUUUUGUUUGCGCAUCUCUUGUGGCGUGUCUUUAAAUUGAUCUCUUUACAAGAAGCUGACCUCCAAAAUA